GUUCCUUGAUUCAUGCGAAUGCUAUUAAGUUUUUCAAGGUGAUUUAUAAAAGUUAAAAAUAAGUGCAUAAUUCAAAAAAAUGUCAACUAUGGAUGAUGUUCUUGAAAGUUGGGAAGAAAUUGAAGAAUCAGAGGUGCUCAACAAAAGAUUGGAUGCUCUUCAGUUAAAUGCAGUAGAAGCAUUAGAGGAAAUAGAAUCUUCUAGCUUCAAAACCAGUCACAAUUCGAGUACCAGAAUGAUAAUGUUAGGGGAAGAUGGUAUGAGAUCUCAAUAUGUACCUCCAAAACCGACGGUAAAAAUUUUGAAAAGACCUUCGAGAGAUUCACAAGGUAGUGGUGAUGGACCAUUAGUGAAUGGAGAUAAGCCAAAACAUCCUAUUAAAUCUUUGAAACAGAGGGAACAAGAAUAUGCGGAAGCAAGAAAAAGAAUUUUAGGUGAAGAAAAAAGUCCUGAGGAAAAGUUAAUGCAAGAAAUAAAUAAAAUUCAACCAAAAUCGACGACUCCGAGUAGUAGUGGGUUACCAAGUAACAUUCUUCGUAUGCCUAUUGGACCGGAUGGAACACGGGGAUUUAAUGUACGCAGGUAGCGCGUCUUCCAGGGAUCAACUCUUUCCACCCAUCCUUUUCCUCCUCUUCCUUCUUCUUAACACAGGGAAGAGAGGCAGCUAUGAGGCUGAUGGCAGAAAACAAGAAUAAUAUUUCUGACCAAAUAUAAGCAUAGUGCUCCUACCAUUUUGAAUGGAGCCUAAUAUAAACUAUGCUGCGGAACAUUGCUAAACAGACACGAUAAUAUAAAAAGAUCAAGACUAUAAAUUGGCGAAGUUAAGUCAUUAUAGACGUGGUAAUGUUUCUCACUGGUGAAAUAUUGUCCAUUUUGUUAAUAUAUAUUAUGUUUAACAAAAAUUUUUAAUUAAAAUAAUUAAAAUCUA